GGUUUAAUUACUUGAACGCGGUAGACAUUAUUAGUCUUACCAUACUUGACGCGUCUUAGCACCUAUUACCAUUGAGCGCAUCAAUCCUCAUAUUUCUCUAGAUUGAAAUGGCUCCUCCUUUAUUUGCAAUAGAAUCCGAAGGCCCUACACGGCGAAGGGCCAAUGUGAAUCUACUGCCUUGUCGAAUCCACCACGAUGGUGAUGUGAACCCGUCGAGCACGUUUUGGAAUCCCACCCAGACUUCAGACGAGGUCCAGACGGCCUAUUUGAGAGGCAGAAAACUCCACGGGAAAGCCGUGAAAUUACCGGAGGGAUACCACGGUGUCGUCGUCGAGAAGACAGACGCGAAGCCUCAGACAUCAACGACGCCACAGGAGAUGAUGGACGAAGACGUCGAGGUCAUUGAAAGCCCUGAUGAGCAGCUUGAAGUUGGCACAAUGAGAGGCAAGGCUGCUUUUGAUGAGUUGAUGAUCUGGGGUCAUGAGUCUACGAGCGAUUCUACUGUGGACCCUUUUGUGCGAGGGAUGGAGGAAUGGAUCGCAUUUGCUGAAGAAAUACAUUCACCUGCGACGGACUCAGAAUCAUCUACAAAGUAGAGCAGCGGGUUGCAUGGGUUUGGAUCAUGUUAGCAUUGCAGCAUUUGGGGUGUCCGGCGUUGGCGUCAUCAUCUAUGUACGUUCAUGGAUAUCCUUGGGAUUCAGGUUCAGGUUCUUUUAUCCUACCUACUUACAUAUUGAUAUAUAUUUAUCAUACUACUACUGAACACUCUUUAUCGGUUCUAACAGUCUUGGGUUGCUUGUGAUGUUGUGCCUGAAGUACCUACCUACCUAGUUAUUGAUUAGCCCACCUCCAUGCGCCAUGGGGAGCCCCUAAAAGCGUCUAUUCCCCUGCCCCUCAACUUUCGCUAGGAGUGUAAUGGGAGGAAGGUUAUCUACUAGUGGAUACCUAUGUAGGUAGUUAUUUCCCUAUUCAGG